AAUAUGGCGUAAAGCAGAGCGGAGAGAACGUCGUCGGAAGUAAAUUACAUUAAUUAUCCAUCUUACUUAAUAUCAAAGCCUUUGAAAUAUUCGUGAAGUCAUGAUGAAUAAGAUAGAUGUGUAAGUAAUUUAAUUUCUUUACAAUUUAAACAUUUAGUUAGCCCGAAAAGAGUAAUUGCAAUCAAAAGAAAGAAAAAAGUUGUUCAAAUUCGGUCUGUCUAAAAGUGGUUUAGUAAUAUAUUUGUAAGUUAUAUAAAAAAUAAGUGACAAUAUUUUAAAAUUGAAACUAUUUUUAUCUAACGUAUUUAAUUUUUAUUAAACAAAUAUUAACAAUAAACAGCUAUUUUCUAAUAGGAUGAGUUAAGAUGGUAUUAAUGAGGAUAUAUUUUAUUAGAUUCUAUUCAAAGUCUACCCUACAGCUUUUAGAUAGACAAUAGAACAGUUCGUAUCAUAUUAUCGUCCAAAAUUACGUAAUUUUUGAAAUGUGACUUAUACACCACUUACACAUUCUUGGAAUUUACGAAUUGAAGAAUGUUAAAUCAAAUUAUCUCUCUCCUUUCAUUUGUAUUUGAUUCUUUACUAUCUUGUAUUAAUCUUCACAACAGCAUCAUUUUUGGUUUCUUCUAUUACGCAUACAUUUUCGGUAAGAGCCUUCUCAGUGUUAUGGACGCUAUCAUGAGCCAAAUAAACGAUAUAGUCCAAAACAUAUCAGAGUCCGAAUUUUUCAAUAAUAAACUAUUCAAAGACAUAGCAUCUAAUUUAGCAACCAGUGCUAAAUCUAUUGCUGUUACGUUCUCUUUCGUAUCGUAUUACUUAGAGGAAUGGACCAAAGGCGCUUUUAUUCAUGAAGAUAGUUCCGAUGGCCUAUAUUGCUCAACAAACAAAUGGAGUACUAAGGAUGAAAAACCCACAGAAGUUUGCCUAAAUAAGAAAGCCAUAUAUAUUUUAUUCUUCACUCUAGGCUUAAUGGUAGUUGGUUGUUGUGUGAUUUUUAUUGUAACAAGAAUAAACAAUAAUAGACGACCAAUAUCAAUAAACGACUUAUUUCGAGUUCUUGAGGAUAAUGGAGAGUAUGAAAUUGCUACUGAUUCAGAAGACGGAUAUGAGACUGAUCAUUCGGUGGAGAUAGAUUUGCCUAACGAGUCUGAUAGUCGUCUGACUCCUCUUCCAAGAAGCUUUUCGUCUGAGAGGUUAUUAGAAGAGGAGAGAAAUAGAAGGCUAUGUGUUGUGUGUAAAGAUAAGAUAAAAUCGGUCUUAAUAAUGCCAUGUAAACACUUGUGUUUAUGUGUAAGCUGCGCAAAAUGCUUAGCUGAACUGGGACCACGAAGAAGAAUUUGCCCACUAUGCCGACGUUCAUUCAAAUCAAUUACGAAUGUUUAUUUAUAA